GCCAUUAAACCUAAUCGAAUAAGAAGCUAGUCUUGUCAAGCAAGCUAAACAUGUAAAAAUGACCCCGUCCUAACUAACCACAGUAUUUCCUAGUUAGGUGUUUUCUUGUUCCGUUGACGUUGUUUUAAAUUAACAUUUUAAUAGCAUUGGAGAUUUGGAACCACCACAACAGUUAACCAGCCUGGAACUUCUGUAACUGCGAGCAAGCCUGAUGUCUGCCGAGGCUUCCGCAGGGAGUGUGGCAGCUGCAUCCGUCCCUGCCACCCAGUCCUCUGGCCGGGGCAGCGAGGAGAAGGGGGUUGGAGGGGGUCUGGCGGGGAGUAAAUAUGUAAAGCUGAAUGUUGGGGGCUCCCUGCAUUACACCACGGUACAGACCCUGAGCAAAGAGGACAGCCUACUAAGGAGCAUGUGCAAUGGAGGAGCAGAGGUCACCAUAGAUUCGGAGGGCUGGGUAGUGUUGGACAGGUGUGGUCGCCAUUUUGGCUUGGUGCUGAACUUUAUGCGGGACGGCUCGGUACCGCUUCCGGAGUCCCACAGAGAGCUGGAGGAAGUUCUGAAGGAAGCUCAGUACUACAGGGUCCAAGGACUAGUCCAGCACUGCAUGUCUGCCAUGGAGAAACAAAGGAAUGUCUAUGAGGGGAUAUGCCGCAUUCCCAUGAUUACCUCAACCAAAGAAGAGCAGAGAAUGAUAACCACCUGCAGGAAGCCUGUAGUAAAACUACAGAACAACAGAGGGAACAACAAGUAUUCGUACACCAGUAACUCGGACGACAACCUGUUGAAAAACAUUGAGCUGUUUGAUAAACUGGGGCUGCGCUUCAACGGGCGCGUCCUGUUUGUCAAGGACGUGCUCGGGGACGAGAUCUGCUGCUGGUCCUUCUAUGGUGAGGGACGCAAGAUCGCUGAGGUGUGCUGCACAUCCAUUGUCUACGCCACUGAGAAGAAACAGACCAAGGUGGAGUUUCCUGAAGCCCGCAUCUUUGAGGAGACGCUCAACAUCCUCAUCUAUGAGAAUGGGCGUGGUUCUGGCCCGGGAGGCGUGGCCCUUUUGGAGUCAUCUUCGCUGGUGGCCAGCCAAUCAGAGGAGGAGGGGGCCAGUGCAGGGGACCGAAGGAGGGUGUUCCGGACCUCCAUGCUGUUUCAUUUCAUCAACGUGCUCCUACAGGUGCUCCUCCACAAAAGUCACAACCUGCUCCAAGAGGAGAUCGCCCUGGCAGUGUACAACAUGGCCUCCGUGGACUUUGAUGCCUUCUACUCCUCCUUCAUGACCGAGUUCCUCAAUGGCUGCCAGAGCGUGGACGCCAACCAGCGGGCGGUGCUCUGCCGCAACUUUAAACUGGAGACUUAAUGAGACUUAAUGGGAAUGGGUUUAUAGAGUGGGAGUCUGGGGUAGGGUUUGGUAUACUGUAUUUCAUAGUAAAAGAGGUGGUGGUGGGGUAUUAGCCCAAUAUUAUAUGGUUAUGUGCUCUUGGAAUUAUCAGAGACUCUGGACUGAGAAAUACGAGUGGAAAACUGUGGUAGCAUCAUUGUAUCUCUUUCCAGUGGAAAACUGGAUGCUUACAGUAUGACAGGAUAUAAUUGUUUAAUUACUAUACAAUCUGUUGUGCAUGUGACUUUACAUAUGUACAACAAAAUGUCUAAACUUCCCAUGGCCCAUAUUUGGGAAUGGGGGAGGCUUUAUAAACAAACUCCCAUAUGCAACAUGCAAUUUACAUUGGCUCUUUUCCAAUAUAUACACUAGCACACACUGGUGGGAUGGUUCCAAUGGAUGUUACGGUACAUUGAAUGUUUGCAUGACUUCAAAUGUUUGAUUUCUUUGUAACCAGUGUCUCUCUCUCUCUCUCUCUCUCUCUCUCUCUCUCUCUCUAGGACUUGCCCUCCUUCACUCAGAGUGUGCACAGACUGGUAAACGACCUGCGUUAUUACAGAUUGUGUAAUAGCAGCCUCCCUACGGGCACUGUCAAGCUAUAGCACAUCACCCAUGGGCACGCUCCACACAGCUCAGAUUUUCAACAUUGGGGUCUGUCCAAACCAGUGCUGGCCGCUCCCCUCCUAUCUACCCCCUCUAUUGAGCCUCCCAAGGGGAUAGGAACUCCACAUGGGCUGGCCUGUCUUUUGGGUUGGGAGGGGUUUGGGUUGAAGAUUCUCUGAGAAAAGUACGGACUGGCGGUUGUGCUCUAGGACCUUCAUUUCUGCUGUAGAGGGUUUUUAUUAUUUCAUUUUUUAGCAACGCCCUCCUUUACUUGUCUGUUGCCAUUGAUGAUGACAAGGCCAAAUUGAUAUGCGGCAAGAUGGGCAGACCUGGUCUUGUCUAGACCCAAUUUAAAUCCAGACUGAAGCGGUCUGAGCCAGGGCCAGGCUGGGAUUCAGCACUUUCCAACUCGAUUUUGAGUUUUUAAAACAAACGUGUGCGUUUUUAUUGAUCUUGCCUUCAGUUUUUCAACUUGUCUUUCAUAUCAUUCCAUUCUGAAACAGAAUAAACUAUGCUUAAUUAAUAAAGUUUUUUUUUUACUUAGUUUUUUUGUGCUAUGACAUUGUGACACUAUGAUGAAUCUUGCAAUGUCAAUGUUUUUGCAUUUCUUUCAAAUGUAAAGUAGACUUCAAAAGAAAGCAAUGUACAAUGAUUAUAAGGUUGAAAUAAAAAACCUGCAUUCA